AUGUAUUUCGAUCCAUUGAUUCUCCAUGAUGGAUCCUUCUUGUCUCUUCCUCAUGAUAAUGGCACCGAAAGGUCGACAGCCAAAACUUGUCUGCUCAUUGGCCCCACAACGGAUGCACCUAUUGCCAAGAAAGAUUGGUGCCGGUUAGCUUCAUCCUUGCCGACGGCAGCCCGCAUGGGAAUGAAAAUCAUAGCAGUCGCUCCGCCACGUGGAGACAAAGCGUAUGAACAAAACAGGAGCGAUCUCAAUGAUGCCAUCAACCUCGCGAAAUCAUCUGCGGUUCUUCGCGUAUACGUGAAGUCGGAGGUGGACAUGCCACCUAUCAGAGCAGUUGGAGAAUCACGCUUUGCAAAACAACAACAGACAUUGAAAUAUAAAUACGUGACAUGUGACAUCAACAAUAUGAUGUCAUCGACAUACAAAAAAAUAUCGCAACAGUAUCGUGUAUAA